UGUGAAGGAAAUCAAGAUCGCUCAAGACCAUAAAUGGGGUUUGGUGUUUUCUCCUAGAGAUGCUCUGCCAGAAAAUAGAUCAAAGAAGAGGAAGAAAAUGGAUAAACAGGGGAUGACCCAGAUCGAUGUUGUGGACCUUGAAAGUGAUGGGCUCCGCUUCCGACCCACUUCCGGCAAUGGCAACACGACGAACGACGCCAUCUCCGUCGAGCAGUAUGGCGAAGACAGAGACCUCGAACUGGCUAUCGAGGCUUCUCUCCUUGCCUCUCAGAAUGAAGAGAGAGACCUCGAACUAGCUAUCAGUGCUUCUGUCCUUUCUCACUAUGAAGAGAGAGAGCUCGAACUAGCUUUUAGGGCUUCUCUUCUUACCACUGAAAACUUCAUUGAUCUCGAUGGGUACGACGAAGAUUCAACGGUGCUUGAUUUGGAGCCAGAGAUCACUCACCGAAAUCGGAGGAAACCCCUCAUCAAUUUCUCAUUGACUGGGCCUGGCGAGUCUUCAAAUUCCAAAUCUGUCGCCGUCCCUGCCCCCCCCUUUGUCUGCGAAAUCUGCGUGGAACCCAAGAGCCAAAACGAGUCCUUCAAAAUUAAGGGGUGUUCUCAUUCCUAUUGUACUGACUGCAUGACCAGAUUUGUCGCCUCGAAAUUGCAGGAUAACAUCACGGGGAUCGGGUGCCCGGUACCCAAUUGCAGUGGAUUGUUAGAACCCGAGUACUGCCGCCAGAUUCUCCCGCCAGAGGUGUUCAAUCGGUGGGGAGAUGCUCUGUGUGAGGGGAUGAUUAUUGGGUCUCAGAGGUUUUAUUGCCCUUUCAAAGACUGUUCCGCGCUUCUGAUCGACGAUGGAGCGCAGCAGGUGAAGGAAUCAGAAUGUCCCAAUUGUUUUAGACUGUUCUGCGCUCAGUGCAAGGUCUCAUGGCACACUGGCAUCGAAUGCGUGGAGUUUCAGAAAUUGCACAAGGAUGAAAGAGAGCGUGAAGACAUCAUGCUGUUGAACCUAGCACAGAGUCAGAAGUGGAUGAGAUGUCCAAAAUGCAGGAUUUUUGUGGAGAAGACAUAUGGUUGCAAUUACCUCAAAUGCAGGUGUGGAUAUUCCUUCUGUUACAAUUGUGGUGGACCGUCAUGUCCUACCACUCAUGUGUGUCCUCGUUGCAGACAUGUAUAGAUAUUAAUUCAAGAACAGAAUUAUACUGUGCUCUUGCUUUCAGAAGUGACACUAAAGUUUAUAGAAAGGAAUACUUAUUAUGAAGGGCAAUAGCCUAUCCUAGAUUAGGCUAUGGACAAUAGAAGUUCAAUCUCAUCUUCUAUGUUGAAUUUGGUUGCUAAUUUGGGAAUGAUGGUUUAUGGUUCUAUGUCUUUUGAUUGAGAUCAAUGAUAGAAUCUUGAUUCAAGUAUUAACUGGCAAUGCUUAUUUGAAAGGCUUUAGUAAUUUGUAAUACUUGAUUGGCUUCUGUUGAAUCUCAUUAUCUGUGUCAACUUGGUUGUGACUUUGGCAAUGGUGAUAUGUGAUUCUGUUCCUGAUUGGGUUGAUCAUUGAUGAUAGAAGUUUGAUUCAAGUAUCCAAAGACAAUUCUUACAUAGGUGACUUCAUGAUUUUAGCUCUUGGAUACCAUCAAUGGAUGAGGUUUGAUUGUGAAAACAGAGUGUAACUACCCGUCUCCACUAGGGACUAUCCAGUAUCCAGCUUCAUAAUUUUCAGUUUUUAGUUUGAUGCUGAAGUUAUCUUGGUAACUAACCUUGCAUGGGAGAGCUGAGAAUGAAGUUGCAAAAGAUUUUAUUGUUUUUUGGUAUAUGUAAAAAUUAGAAUUCUUUAUAUUUAUUUGAACCUAAGUUAUAAGUUGAAUCUUUGUUUGGCUUAGUUUCUAAAAAUUACCUUCCAGAGGCCUUUAAGAAGACCAUUGUACUGAUGAUCAAACAUGAAAAAGAACAUGAGUUUCUUUAUUGAAGCCAAAGGAACAUAGGAGUAGGAAAUAUAUGAACCAACAUGUG